AUGGAUCGCCCACCAGCCGCCUCAUCACGCCCCCCAGCCGCCUCCUCAUCACGCCCUGCCGCUGUACCCGUACUCCUCCUCAAGACGCCCUCCACCCCCAGCGACUCCUACCACGAGACGCUCUCCGCCGCUCUCCUCCAUGGCGACCGCCCCCUGGCCCCGGAAUUCGUUCCCGUCAUGCGCCACCGCUUCGACGACUCCGGCCUCUCCUUCCUGCGCACCCUCCUCCUCGAGCGCCGAAUCAGCCACGCCUCCGCUUCUGCCUCCUACGGCGGCCUCAUUUUCACCUCACAGCGCGCCGUCGAGGCCUUUAUCCACGUCGUCGACGGCGAGCGCGCCGCGCAGGGCCCGUCGUGGCCGCACCUCGACGGAGUGCCGGUCUACAGCGUUGGGCCCGCGACUACGCGCGCCCUAGCGGCCGUGCCGGGCGGGCCGCUGCAGGUCUCGGGCGGUCACACCGGUCACGGCGAGGCGCUCGCGCGCUUCAUCCUCCAAGACUAUGCCGCACGGUUCCAAAACGACGGAGACGGCGACGGGCAGCAGCUCCAACCACCGGCGCUGCUGUUUCUGGUCGGCGAGCAGCGCCGGGACAUCAUCCCGCGCACACUCACGGAUCCGUCCCUGCCGCCGCACCGCCGUGUACCCGUGACGGAGCGCGUCGUCUACGGCACCGGCGUCAUGGAAACGUUCCCCGACGACUUUGCCCAAGCACUGCACCUCUCUGCCACCACCACCACCACCAACCCCGGCACACCGCUGUUGUCGUCACGCUGGGUCGUCGUCUUCUCGCCCACUGGCUGCGAUAGCAUGCUGCGCGGCCUGGGUUUGCUCGACCAGGACACGGGAAAGGCCAUCCCAGGCCGUCGCGACGGGCAGACCUUCAUCGCCACCAUCGGCCCGACGACGCGCGACUUCUUAAUCGAAACAUUUGGCUUCCACCCGGACGUCUGCGCAGCGACACCUAGCCCGGAGGGCUUGAUGGAGGGCAUAGCGGAAUUCGAAGCACGGCAAGCGUCACAAUGA